AUGAAUCCGUUGGGGAAGCCCGGUAUUCGGGGUUGGCUUUUUAUCCGCGGAUUGGCCGGUACUUGCGGCCUGGCAUGUCUGUUUUAUAGUGUAACAAAACUUCCUCUUGCUGAUGCCACAGUUGUAUUCUUCUUGGGACCUACAUUUACAGCUAUUUUGGCGUCUAUUGCACUUGGUGAAAGUUUUACCUUCUUUGAUGGAGUGUGUGCUUCGAUGUGUAUGUUUGGCGUAGUUCUUGUGUCAAAGCCUCCAUUUCUGUUUGGACCACAAGAGGGUGCCUUGGUUGAUGAGGCAAGCGAUUUGGGUAGACUGUUUGCUAUCUUUUGUGCUCUUUUGGGAGCCAUAAUGUCUGCCAUUUCGUAUGUAACUGUGCGAAAGAUCGGCAAAGGCGCACAUUUUAUGGUGCACGUUGUGUACUUUGGAGCCAUUGCGUCCAUUCUCAGUCCUGUAGGCCUUUUGCUUCUUCAGGAAUACACUCCUCUCGAAAGUCUUAAGGAUUAUGGUAUAAUGUUUGUAAUUGGCCUAUCAGCAUUUGUUGGACAGUGUCUACUUAACCAAGGCCUUCAACUUGCCCCUGCUGGUCCAGCUACUCUCAUGCGUAUGAACGAUGUUGCAUUUGCCUUCUUGAUCGAUAUUUUCAUUUUCCACCAAUUCCCAGAUAUUUUCAGCGUCUUGGGUGCGUCGAUUAUUGUUUUCAUGACAACAGCUCUCGGUCUUCACAAGUGGUAUAUGCAUACUACUGCGCACCGCCCUUCUGCAUAAGCUAUACUUUUUUAGACAAGGAAUCUGAAAAGAGAGAGAGAGAUAAAGAGAAAAAAAAAUGAAAUAGCCUGCCAACAUCAAUAAUGAUCUUCAUGGUCUUUUCAAUAGUCUGAUUCCCAAGUGUAUAUUCCUGUUCCUGUUCCUUCUAAUGUUAUUAUUUUUUUUGUUUUGUUUUUUUUUGUUCUCAUACUCUACUAUAAUAAAUCUAUCUGCAAUGC